UUCGUAUUAUUUUAAAUUUGAGUUAGGAGCAUUUUAUUCUAGAUUUAUUUGGAUGACAGAUAAUCUUAUCUGAGUAAAAUAUGUCCAUUAAUGUUACAGUUAAUGGAAAUUAUUUAAAUAUACGCAGAGGAAGAAUGGUAUUGUCUGAUUUAGAUCAAAUUAAGAAAAAUGAGCGUGACCGUCGACGAAGGUUACGUUUGGAGCAGGUGCGACAACAAUCGAAAGAAAUAUCAGAUAAACUUUUAAAGCGUACAAAGUACAUAACUAAAGAAGAACUUAAAAAGCUUAAAAAUAAUGACAAGUUAAGUUUGAAACAAAUAUAUAAUGGAAAAAUCAUGGAAGUUCAACAGAAAUAUCAAGAGGACAUGGCAGAUAUUGGUCAUGCACACAUAUCUGCUAGUUUAGAACCUGACCAUGAUGCAUUAAUUGAAGAAAAACAAAGAAAGAAUAAAUUAGCAGUAUUAAAAAGAGGAAAGGAGGCAAUGAAGCAAAUUAGAGGUACUCAACAGAAGGAGAAUAUGCAGCAGCAACAUCAAGAACGAUUACAACAAGUAAGAGAAAUGGAAAAUCUCAGAUCUACAAUGGUAGUAAAUCUUUCUAAACACUCAGUACCUGAAGCAGACACUGUAUGUAUCUCCCUUCAAAAUGACACUGAUGAUGAAAAUAAGUUAGAGAAACUUACUAAAAAAAAAACAAAAAAAUUACUUUCUAAAAAAUCACCUGGAAAAAUUACAAAAACUUAUAUAAAAAUUGUAGGAAAUGAUUUUAAAACCUGUUCUCCAGCUCAAAAGUUAAAAACAAAAACAUUAGAAGCCAAUCCAGAGAAUGAUUCUUCAAUUUUGGAAGUACAACCUACGCCUAAUUCAAUUAUAGAAUCAUCAUCUAAACCAACCCCGUAUAUGAUUGAAUCUGUAUUUAACAAUAAGAACUCCAAAAAAGAAGUUACAAAUAUUCUAACAAAAGUAGAUAAAACGGCAAGGUAUAAUCCAGAUGACUAUAUACAAACAACUUCAGAGUCUACUAAAACUGAUAGUUCUAAUUUAUUUAGUGAUGAUUCAUCAUAUUUUUCUGACAGUGGUGAACAAUAUAUAAAUAAAGAAAUGAAAGCAACAAAAUAUGUUAAAUGUCCAGCUACUGAUAGAGUGCAGUUAUAUGAUCAUAAUAAGCAUCAGCAUAAUAUAUAUGAUCAACCAGUCGGUGUAGUUGAAAAAAUACAUAUAUGGAAUGAGCCAAGUGCAAUGGACUUAGCCCAAGAAAUUGAACGGACACAAAAUAUUGAAACGCAUUUAUUGGAAAAUCGAAAAUAUAACACAAAAAUACGCGGAGAAGAUGCAGCGUUAAGAGAAAAAGUACGUCGAGAUUAUCAGACACUUAUGCAAACUCUAGAUCAACUUGCGAGUGAAGAACGUAAAUUAAAGGCUAGUCAAAUUGAACGUUAUUCGAAAAAUGUAUAUAUACAGGAAGAACGAAGAAAGCUCUUAAGGGAUCAACAUAAAAAAAAACUAAAUCGUGCGUUAAAAACUUUAUUAAAUGACGAAUCUUUAGAACAAUGUACAUCUUAUCCCAUAGAAAGACAAAUUAGUCUUACACCAAAAGAACACAACAAAAACGUAUAUAUUGAUUGGGAUGACCCGUGUAUCAGUCAAAAAGCAGAAAUGAAUAAAAUUUCACAAAGUAAAUCUAAAGAAAGUGAAAUAUCGCGUGAAGAACAAAUAUUAGAUAUGCUAAAAAAGGUUGAAAGACAAAAGCGACUUUUAUUACAAGAAUUUGGAGCAGAUUUACCAAAUGAUAUUUUUAAUGCAUCUACAAAGUCUCUAUUUGAAAGAGAUAAAUCAGUUCAAACUCGACCAACUGCUCAAGAUAUAUGUAUACAGAAAUCUUUAUCACCAGAAAUCAAAGUAAUAAAUGCAUCUUAUGAUGAAAAGGAUAGGAAGGAUAAAACAGAACAAAAAGAUGACUUAUCAGUAAAAAAAGUAGAAAUUGCUAUACAAACAACAACAGGAGAUAAAAAUAAUGUAGUUCAAGAUAAAGGUACCCAAGUAGAAUUAAUACCACAGAAGGAAAAUGAAUCUCCUUUUGUUAAUGAUAAAAUUGAAACAAUUUCCAAACAUUACCCAAUUGAGCCACAAAUUACGAUUAUUAGACCUGAAGUAGACAGUAGCCAAUCAACAAGUUCUGAUACAAUAAAAGCAGUUACUGAUGUUGAUAAACCAAGUCCAAAAAUAAUGCACAAGAAAAAAAGAUAUAGUAUGAAAACGUUGAAGCAAACUCAACCAAAAGUAUUUCACAAAUCAUGUUCAACUCGUAUAAAUAAAAUUUCAUCACCUGUAAAGAAAUUUUCAAAAUCUUUAUUGAAAUCUCAAUACAGUAGUCCAAAAAAGUGCCCAAGUACAGAAGAUGUACCUAGUAAAAGGGUUAAAAUGUAUGUGGAUAAAAAUGGUAUUAAUAUUAAAGCAAAAUCACCCAAGGUUACAGAAGUUGCUGUAGAUGUAAGUACACAAAGUACCCAAAUUUAUUCAGCAGGUAGUGAAGAACAAAAUAUGAUUAAACCACAGUGGAUUCAAUCCAAAUCAAAAAGAAUUAAAAUAAAAGACAUUUCGGAUACAUCAACAUCUUUUGCUAGUCCACCACCAAUAAAACCCAAGGAUAUAAUUAAAGCUAUAAAUAAUAAUAUCUCCAUUUUUGAAAUGUUAGAUUCUUCAACAAAUGAAAGCAUGAGACUUUUAAAGAGAGAUAUUAGUCCAGUCUCAACACCGGAAACUCCAUCGCCACGUACCAUGAGGAUGCCUUCAAAUAUACCUCAUCCAGAUAAAAUAAAAAAAUUGCUUAGAUAUUCAUCCACAGAUUCUCAGACGAAUGAUAAUAAUACAUUAUCGUCUACUAAAAAUGAUUAUUCAACAACAGAUUCAUCUGAAUAUCAACAAAAUGAACAUUUAUCAUUAAAAAGUAUGAACAAUAUAUAUUCAAAGGUUCCAGUUUCAUUGGGCUCUUGUUUAUGUAAUAAUCCAGAAUGUAGGCAAGUACAUGCUAAAUUUGAUGAAAUUCGUAAUUACGCAUUAAAAAAUUGUCCUCAAAUAUUACAAAAGUAUGAAGAUCUCCAAACCACGUGUGCAGAAAGAAUAAUUUCUUUAACAAAUCUUAUUGAAAAAGUUCGAAAUGAACAAAAAGGUAUGGAACUUUCCAUGAUAGAUCCAAACGACGAAACCAGUUUGAUGCAGUUACCGCCACCACAAAUGACUACUGAUUUACAAAGUGUUCAUAAACUCGUAGAAAAUAUAGAAGCAAUUCAUAAUCAACUUGCAAAAACGUUAUUCGAAUCUCAAAAAAUUAUUAAAAAUAAACCAGUUAUUAAAGAGGAAACCAAACAAAGUAAAGAAAUGGGAACUUCAACAAAUGGUGACAAUACAAUUCAUCCUGUUGAACAAAAAGUAGAAUUAGAAAAAGCAAAAGUUAAGCCAAAAAUCAUAAAUGAGGAAGAGUAAAAAGUGAACAUUCAGUUGAAUAGAUUCAAGGUCCAUAAAUCAUCUCAAAUGUCAACGUCAACGCCAAAACGUGAUACUUGGCUGGCAUCAAAACAGUAUGAAGAAGAAAUAAUAGAAAAAUUAUCAAAAGAAAUUUUGGAACAAAGUAAAGGUUUUAAUAACAGUUUAAUAACGCAGAAAGAAAUGUAUAAUUCAACUGUAAAGCAUUCAAUUCAAACUUCAACAGAAGAUAAUGAUUUUAAAAAUGUUUCUAAAAUACAAAAAAAUGAUACAUCUAUAAGAAAAUAUUCUAAUAAAGAGUUGAGAAAGACUAAGGAUUUUGUUCCAUUACUCAAUGACAUACCGAAAAUAUCAAAAACAACAGAUAAUGCUGUACAUAACAAUGGAAGAAGCAAACCACCAGUGAGUUUGCUUAGUGGACCAUAUAGAGCCGAAAUUGAAUCAGGUCAUGAAUUGUCAACGAUAAUUGAAUUUGAUACACCAGAUACUGUGAAUAAAAGUCAAAAUAACAUCAAAAGCCCUUUAUCAACAAAAACGACUACAGAAACUCAAAUGAUGAAAUCAACUGCUAUAGUAAAACCAUCAGAACAUAAUACCUCUUCGCUUAAGUUACAUAAUCAAUGUUCAGAAAAGUUAUGUAAUUCUCCAAUUAUAAAGCAUUCUUCAGUAGUAUCUACACAAAAUGUAAAAGAAACCUUGAUAUUUCUUGAUUUACCUAAAGCAUCUAACAAUAUAGGAAAUCAAAGUAUGAGAAGUAAAGACCAGAAGAAUAAGGAUAUUGUUCAAGAGAUAAGCGAUAAAAAAUUACAAUGUGAUACAGUUAAUCAAGAAUCGUUACAGACGGAAAAAUUGCCACCUUCCUAUUCUACAAACAGUGAUCCAAAUAAGGAAUAUAAAGAUAAUAAGUAUAAAAUAACAUCCACAAGUUCAAAUAGUUUCUCUGAGUUAUCGGGAGUUUCGCAAAUAGCAAGUACCCCAUCUUCUACUAUAUUAAAAGACGCGUCAUCUCCGGAAAGAAUGGAAACUGCUCUUAAAAAACUUGGUCUAGGUUGGGCUGCAACAACGUUAAAAAAAACACGCGAAGCGAGUGCUUUAAGUUCAUCAUCAAAUUCUGACGUAACUCCAUUAAACACCGCCAAGAGAAUAAUAUCACCUGUUAAGAAACAAUUUGAUAGUAACUUUGGAUUACCAGAUUUCAGUGACGUGUCUUCGAUAUCUAUUAAAGAAGCUAGUAAAAGUACAGAACAAGCAGUUCUCCUAAAGGGUAGAACUUCAACGCCAAAAUUACAAAAUUCUAAUUCUAAUAGUAGUGAAACCAAUACAAGUAAUACAAAUAUUUCCGAAAAUUUUCAAGACCUUGAUGAUGGGUUGAUAAUUCCCAAUGUAUCUCUUACAAUUACAAAAUCUAACAUUAAGAAAUUAGAAAAUCUAUGA